AUGUGUAAUUUACAUCGGUAUUUGCAAUACACCACCGAUCUCGUCCGGGCGGGUCUCCCGACUACGACUCUAGCCCAGUUCUUCACUAGCUCUCUCUUUCUCUCCCCUCUGAUUCACCCCCAAUUGACGAACUUGAGCUACUAUAAUACCGGUAUUUCGUCAUACCCAUCCCCACCACGACGACCAAUAUUCCGCUGCGGACGCGGAAGCUAUCUUGCCCCUCCCCGAGGCGCGAGUGGCUUCCCGCUGAAAACACUGAUUCACAUCCCAAUGAUUGUAACGAUGGAGAUUGCGACUCAGAUGAUCCUUUGUCACAUGUGA